AAAGACUAACCAAGCGAACCUAUACACACAAGUUCACAACGAUCAAAAUAUCAAAUGCCAUCGACAAACAGACACGCCCUCAUUCUCUCAGACCCCAAUUUUUGUGUCUACACGCAGCUGGAGCUAACCGAGAGGAGUGGAAAGUUUCGUUUCGCUAGUGAUGGAUCCGAUAGAAGAUUCCCUCAGGAAACAAAUAUCUGCUCUGUUGAGAGUUAUCAAUGUGACAAAGUGCUGUAAAGAGGACAAUGUUCCAUGCAAAAUUGAAGAGGGUCUCUUCUUGGGUUCCAUUGGAGCUGCACAUAACAAGGACGAACUUAAAAAAUUAAACAUCACUCACAUUUUGACUGUGGCUGGUUCAUUGGCACCUGCAUAUCCAAAUGAAUUUGUGUAUAAGGUUUUGAAUGUUAUGGACAAAGAAUCGACAGACCUGAAACAGCACUUUGAUGAGUGUUUCAAUUAUAUUGAAGAAGGUAAAAGAUCUGGUGGUGUGUUGGUUCAUUGCUUUGUGGGAAAAUCCAGGAGUGUGACUAUUGUUCUUGCUUAUCUAAUGAAAAAGCAUGGUAUGAGUCUAUCUGAAGCUCUUGAACAUGUGAGGAGCAGACGGCCACAGGCAUCUCCCAAUGCUGGUUUUAUGUCACAACUGCAGGACUUUGAAAGGUCCCUUCAUGCAAAUGAAGAGAACAAGACAAAUUGAAGGACUUCAACUAUACGAGGAAAGACUACCUUGAAGAACCUCGUCGCUUACGAUGUUACCUAGAUGAAACCUUUUGUGAUAUAGAACUUUUAUAGUUACCAAAAAGAAAAAGAAUGAUAGCCCUGAUGCUGGUGAUUAAAUUUUAAGUAGAUUGUGAAUAAUUAGGAUAGAGUUUAAUAAACUAGCCAUGUGAAGAUGAUAUGAUACGCAAUGAAGCAAGAAGGGAGAAAUUCAGUCUGCAUUUAGCUUUUAUCCAGAUCAAUUUCACUAUGAACGACAGUGUAUGGAUCUUUGUGGGUAUACUUAUACGGAGCAACGGAGACUUCUAGUAUGUGUUUUCCUGACUGUGGUCUCUUUUAUCCACUGCCUUGAUCCACUUGGCUACAUCCGCCCUUGUACUAUUUAAAUAAAAAUAGAAAUUACAAAUAAUUCCACCAUUUAUUAUUACUUGUAAAAGAGAAUACAACAUAAAUGGAAACCCUUUAUUUUAAUGCUUGAA